AAUAUAAAAGAAAAGAAAAAAAGAAAAAGGGAAAAGCAUAAAAGCAGUGGAGUUGGAGGAUGACCGGAAACGGAGACGGAGAAGAAAACAAACAAAAGUGAGGGUUGAGAUUCAAGAAAAUGAGUAGCUAUAAUCCAAUGGAAUGGCUAAAUGAGAUGGUAACGGAGCCUUAUUAUCUCUUCCAUUUUCUCGCUUUCUUUUCCUACUUCAUCCUUCGCACAUCUCUCCUCUUCUCUCCUCAUCAUCUCCUUUAUCGUGAGAUUCAAGCAGUACUUGCACUAGCUGUUAUAGCUGCUAUUAAGUUCGUGAGAAAAGAAUCCUGGGAAGGGUUCGUUGCUGAAUUCUUGUUUUAUGCAAAGAUUCUUCUUGUCGCCGUUUCUUUGAUACUGGAUUACCAUUUAACUAUCUGGUACAUAAUCGUCUUUUCAGUUAUAUAUAUCUUGACACAACAGCCUGCCUUCAAGGGAUUAGGUGCUGCAACUAAAUUAACACCACUACAAUUAGAAACUAUGCUAACAGAAGGGAACACAUCAAGAUUCUGGUUGGUAGAAUUUCGUGCUUCGUACUCAUCUGCUUGUAUACGUGCAAGUCGUAGUUUGCCUGAGCUCUCAAUUAUAUACUCGAACAAGAAUUUAUCAUUCGGAAUUGUUGAUAUUGGACUCUUUCCAAAUGCAGCAGAAAAAUUUGGAAUUUCUCUUAGUGGGGGCAUGAGCCAACUUCCCACAUAUAUUUUAGUUGAGAAUGCUGCUGAGGUUACACGCUUUCCUGAUUGGGAUUUUGAGGCAAAAUCAUCACAUCCUCCUUUGACAAAGAAACUUCUCUCCAAGCAUUUUGAACUUGAUAGGCACCUUGUUGAAUAUUUACAUGAAAAAUAGAUACUGAAAAUCAAUUCUGUUAAAUUUUUGCUGUUUACAGCCCUAAAAUUUUUCAGUUGCUUCAUGCUACGACAAAGGUGUUGAACUGUUGCUAAGUCUCUGCUCUCAAUUUUGAUGGAAAUCUACAUUUUUAAGAACCAGUUGUACAAUGUGUUUUUGUUGAUAAUUUUACAAAAAUUUCUUUAGUUUAAA